UAUUAAAAAAAAAAAACCCUUCCCAACAAAUCCCCAUACUCUUCUCUUCCUUCAAAACGGCGUAACGGGGCUCCUCCUUAAAACGCCGUUACUUUCCUCCACCCCGUUAAGCCACGUGCCUUGCCAGUUGCCACCAUUUGUUUAGUCGGCUUCAAUGCAUGGAAUUAGAGCAGUUGAGCCACGCUCCAAAUCCCGUUGACGGCCAUACUAACGGCAAGUCGACGCCGGUCACUGACGGCAGAUAUGACGGAAGCAAGGCCCCUAGACUACCGCGCUGGACGCGGCAAGAAAGUUUGGUCCUCAUACAGGGCAAACGAGUGGCUGAGAACCGGGUCCGGAGAGGACGUACGCCGGGGAUGGGGCUCAGGUCGAGUGUUGUGGAGCCCAAGUGGGCAUCGGUCUCGUCCUACUGUAAGCGGCACGAGGUGAACCGGGGUCCGGUCCAGUGCCGGAAGAGGUGGAGUAAUUUGGCCGGUGACUUCAAGAAGAUUAAGGAGUGGGAGUCUCACAUAAGAGAGGAAACGGAGUCUUUUUGGGUGAUGAGGAACGAUUUGAGAAGAGAGAGGAGGCUCCCAGGGUUUUUCGACCGGGAGGUUUACGAUAUUUUAGACGGAACGGCGACCGGAGGGCCCACUGGGCUCGCGUUGGCUUUGACACCGUCACUGGUAGGGCCGUCCGGUGAUGUGGACGAGCAGGAGGCAGAGGCGGAACCCGUCUUUGAUAGCGGGAGGAACGCCACCGCAGAGGACAGCCACUUUUCCGACUUUGAACAUGACGAUGCAAGAGUCACCCCGGAAAAGCUGACACCCACGAAGGAUGUUCCACCGAUUACCAUUGCGGUGGCAGCUCCGGCGCCGAUUUCUGAGAAGCAGCACCAACCCCAUCCACCAGGGUUUGAGGCUCCAGGUGCAGCCAAUGCGAAACAACCAGCCUCGAACCCGGAGAUGGGAUCUACUACUUCUCAGGAGAGACGGAAAAGGAGACGAGUUGUGACAGAAGUGGAGGAUGGAACAACUAAUCUGCAGAAUCAGUUGAUUGAUGUCUUGGAAAGGAACGGUAAAACAUUGACUGCGCAACUUGAAGCUCAGAAUACCAAUUUCCAGUUGGAUCGGGAGCAGCGGAAAGUCCAUGCUGAUGGCUUAGUUUCUGUUCUUAACAAGCUUGCAGAUGCCCUAGGAAGAAUUGCAGAUAAAUUAUAGAGAAGUGAAAUCAGAAUACUGUAUAUAGAAAAAAAUUCCUUCCAAAUCCCUAUUUUCUUUAUCAUUUCACCUUCUCUGUCUCUUUAUAUCUUCUUCUUUUUUUUUUCAUACACAGAGAGUAAGUUUAGAUGUAUUACAGUUCAUACCAAUUUUCUGCAAUUAUUCUUAGAAUUUAUUAUCAAGUU